AUGUUCAGCCCUUGUGCACCCAUCUCGAGGGCCAUUCCGCGCAUCUCACGGAGUUGUACGCAAUGCGGCGGGCCAAAGGACGGGAGUAAGCUGCGGGGACGGCGGUGGAUGAGCAGCACGCAGCAGAAGCUCGUGAAGAGGCCCAAGACGGCCAUCUUCUUUCCCGGCCAGGGCGUCCAGAGAGUAGGCAUGUGCGCCUCAUGGCUCGAGGCCUUCCCAAACACGGCCAGACCCAUCCUCGAAGAGAUUGACGAGACUCUCCAAGUCCCUCUCACCAAGAUUAUAGAAUCAGGCACCAAUGCCGAGCUCACGCGAACCGAAAACGCGCAACCCGCCAUCAUGGCCACCUCGAUCCUCAUACUGCGCGUCAUGGAGCAGGAAUUCGGCUUCAAGACGAGUGAACGCGUCGAUAUCACACUGGGACACUCGCUGGGAGAGUUUGCAGCUCUUGUCGCAGGCGGCUACCUCAGCUUCCACGACGCGCUGAAGAUGGUCCGCAGACGAGCCGAGGUCAUGAGCCGGUGCAGCAAAGAAGCCGUCGAAGCUGAAGGCGGCGAGUUCGGCAUGGUCGCCCUGGUAUGCGAAUCAGAAGCCCACCUGCAAUCCCUCGUCAGCGGCAUCCGCGAGUUCCUCGACCUCUCCGGGCCCCACGCCAAGUCCGACUCCAACAACGACCUGCCCGCCGUGCAGCAAGUCGCAGUCGCCAACAUCAACUCGAAGAACCAGAUCGUGCUGAGCGGCAGCAUCGCGCGGAUCAACACCCUCCUGACGAACCUCCGGCAAUUCGGCGGCCACGACCCGCGACACGUACGCUUAAAAUCCGACUCCCCCUUCCACAGCGCCCUCAUGAAACCCGCCCAAGAGACGAUGAAACGCAUACUUCACAAGCCCCUCGAGAACGACCGCGACAUCAUAACAUGGCCUGGCCUCAUGCCCUGCAUAUCCAACGUCUCGGGAAAGCCAUUUCAGAGCAAGGCACAGCUGAAGGAUCUCCUGGCCCGCAGCUGCGUGGAGACGGUACAAUGGUGGAAAAGCGUCAAGUAUUUGCAUGAGGAAGAGAAGGUGAGGCGGUAUGUAGGCAUUGGGCCAGGGAAGGUGGGGAGAAAUCUCGUGGGAAAAGAAGUCGGGAUGAAGGGCGCGGUCAAAGGGGGUGGCGUGUGGGGAAUCACGAGUCCAAAAGAGAUGGAAGAGGUUGUCAGGGCGCUGGAUGAUACCGAGGGAUGUGAGGAAGUCUGA